AUGAGUAUUUCAAAAGAUGAUGAAAAUUUCAUUCCAAAAAGGAUGGCAGUAGCAAUAGCAAUUUUAAUUAUGUUUUUAUUGCAUUACACAACUUUGUUUUUGAGUUCGUGCUUCAAUUUUAAAUAUAAAGGAGAAUACACAAGUAGAAGAGUCUUUUUGUAUGGGAUAUCAGGAUUGUUAAGUCUGAGCACAAUUUAGAGUAGUGUAUUCUCUACUGUGUUGGCUUGGUUGACUUUAGUGCCACUUUCAAUACUACACUUUAGUAAUUAUCCAAAGUUCAAGACACUGUAUUAAUUAUAAGAUUCAUUGUGGUUAACAUAUUACACAUUGUAAAUUACUUGGUAUUUGGGUAUUAUAAUAGAUUUUUACUCAUGA